CCACCGUGGCGCAAGACAUUUUGGCUCAGAGCGCCCAGCUGCUUCAGCCUCGGCGACCCUUGGCCAGGGCCCGACGCAGCCGCCGCGCCGCCGCGUUUUUCCGGGAGACCAUGGCGCGAUCUGCCAAGUCGAAGGGGCUGGGUAUCUCUUCCUGGGCCUGCUGGGCGCCGCCCUGUCCCACGAGCUGGCCUCCGCCUUCGCGGGCGCUCCCUCGCCGCGCGAGAGCGCCCGCGAGGCUGCCGUGUCCAUGGCGGGCGGGCCGAAGGACGGCAUCUUCACGCCGAUGGUGCAGGGAGCCAAGGUGAUCGUGGGCGAGCAGCAGCUGAAGGAGAUAUCCGCGCACAAGUGAUCAAACUGCACGGGGAGCUCAUGGCCAACUUCAUAGAUACUGCAAACUCGCCCAGCGGAGACUUUGCCCUUGAGCAGCUCUUCAAAGCAGCCGACACAGAUGGCAGCGGCAAGCUUGACAAGGAGGAGCUGAAGGUAGCGCUGCAGAAGCUUGGCUUCUCGUGGAUGGGGGACGAGAAGGUCGAGAAGGUGGCAGCGAAGGGUGACACAGACGACGAUGGCUUGAUCGACCUUGACGAGUUCAAGCAGAUGGCUCCCACGGUGCUGCGCCAGAACCUCUUGAAACUAGCCAAGGAGAACGGCGCAGAGCUCGGCUUCCUCAGCUGAGUGCCGCCCUGCUUUUCGGAGCCUCUUCCCACAGCCUCGAGCUGCAGGAAUGCUUGACACAGCGAGGAAUUCGGGUUGAGGCUUCCUCCCGCGUCUGAUUCCCAAUUUUCGGCCCAGACCUCCGACGUGCUGCUUCUCUGGGGCGGCGGCAGAGGUCUCCCCCCUCCCUCUGGGGUCAGCUUCUCUCGUCCCGGCCCCACUUCUGACCGCCCCGGAGCCCGCAAGAGGACCACUAGGGGCCGAAUUCGAGGAAACUCGCCAGGCGCCUAUGCAAGUGAAGCAGCGCCUCGGGGGUCUGGAUGGUGUGCUCUGGCGCCUCGCGCGUCCAAGCCCUUGGGGCAGGACCCUUCCCGCCACAGGGCGGACAGCUCCUUGCCAGUCGGCAGUCUCAAGUCCAUCGCACUGCACAUGCCUCCAACGCUGGGUUCCCGAAGCGCCUGACCCCACCACGGGGAGUUGCCGCGUGUCCUCCCUCCGCACCCAGGCUUGCCCUCAGGGCUCUCACGGGUCUGCGCAGGGAGCGCUCCUUCGCCAGGGUGUGCGUCGUGGGCCUCAUCGUAAGCCUCGAGUGCCUGCCCGCUCGCUUCCAGCGCACUUCGCGUGGCCAGCGACGUUGCCUGGAAGCUUACUCCGGGCGCGCCUGCUCGCCCCGAGCGCACGCGGCAGUCGCCCUCGCUGUCGGCGGGCGGCUCGCCCCGGGCGCGCGCGCUCGCUCCGGGCUGCGCUGCCAGCGUUGCCGCCCGGAUCCUGUUGCUCUCUGCGCACCCGCUCGUCCCCUCGGCGCGCGGCGCGGCGCCCUCCUGCCAGCCCAGCCCGCCCAGCCCGCCCAGCCCGCCGCAGCCCGCCGCAGC